UCUUGCAAAAGUCUGCGGUACAUCCUGUACAACAUACCACGCCCACUCAGCUGUUUCCGCAACUUUCCAUAAGUAAAAGGGUUUCCUCUGGCGAGGUACUCUAAUGUCUCUACUUAGCACACCGAAACGUUUCUAGACGGUAUUGAAACCUCCGUAGGUGUCAGUCAUGUCUCUAUCAGACCAGAGCCGACAGUGUUAUCCAACCAGUGUACAGGUAACUGUGGUUCAGGCAAGAAGCCUGAGGAUAAAGGGGAGAAAUGGCACCAACGACGCAUACGCCAUCAUGCAGGUGGCCAAGGAUAAAUUCGCUACAUCGGUGGCAGAGAAUAGCGUGGCACCGGUGUGGAAAGAAGAGGCCACGUUCGAGCUGCCGCUCUUCUACAACGGUAACACAGAAAAGUGUACGUUGCACGUCCACGUAAUGCACCGGGCUCUCGUGGGACCUGACAAGUUGCUCGGCCAAGCAGUCAUCAACCUGUUGGAGCUCAGCGAGGUUAAAUCCCGUUAUAAGACUGAAUGGCAUAAACUGCUGGACAAGGCAGGCAAGCCAGACAAAGACCGGGGAGAGGUGCAGGUGGACAUCCAGUUUAUGAAGAAUAACAUGACAGCCAGCAUGUUCGACCUCUCUGCUACAGAAAAGCCGCACUCCCGCCUGGGAAGGUUCAAGGACAAGGUGCGAGGCAAAAAGGAGGGUCUGUCGGACACUGCAUCUGCCGUGGUACCGUCCUUCACCCAGGUUCUGACGGACAGCGAGGGAGAGGGAGAGGGGGGUACAGACAAAGGAGAGACAAAGAAGAAAAACACGCUGAAGUCUCUGUUUUCUCCCAAGUCUAACCUGCAGUGUCACGGACUGUCUCAGUCUAUGUCUGUCCUGGGCCCUCUGCCUGAGAAGAACUCCUCAUUGAGUGGCAGCCGCUCCACAGGCCUCAAUGUGGACUCCUCUGAAGGUAAAAAUAAAUUCAAGUUUCAGACCCAUAAGCGCACAGGCAGUUCUCUGUCCCUAGGGCGCUCUAAGAUUCCUGCCCAGCUUGCAGAGCAGAGUAACCUGUGCAUCAACGGCACUCACAUGUACACAGAGGAGCCCCAGCCCCGGAGCGCCCGCACCGUCUCCAACUUUAGCCUGGCCAGCUCAGGCCAUGGCUCCAUGGAAGACCUGCGCAAGGCCCAGGGUCGUAAGAGCUCCGGCACCUCCAUGGACUCCAGGGCCCUGAAGCAGCCUUCAACCUGGGCAGAGGAGGAAGAGAGGGCUAUGUUGGAUGAGGAGAGGAAGAAAAAGGAAGAGCAGGAGAGGAAGAAGUUAGACGAGGAAGAGAGGAUAAGGAAGGAGGAACAAGAGAAAAGCAGGAUUACGGAGGAGGAGGGGGAAGAAAUGAGGCUAGAAGAGGAACAGGAGGAGAGGAGUCUGAAGGUGGAGGGAGAGAACAGCAUUUGGAAGGAAGACCAGGAAAAGUGGAGGUUGGAGGAGAAAAGGAGGGAAAUGGAGGAACAAGAGAGGUGGGAAGAAGAGGAAAGAAUUAGGAGAGAAGAACAUGAAAUAAUGAGGAGGGAGGAUAUACUGAGAAAGGAGGAUGAGAGGAAAAUUGGGGAGGUGGAGGAAAGAUUGAAGAGGGAGAAAGAUGAGAGGAUUAAGGAGGAAGAAAGGAUUAGGCGAGAACAGGAGGAGAGUAUGCAAAGAAGAGAGGAAGAGGAGAGGAAGAUGAGAGAGGAGGAAGAAAGACUAAGGAGGGAACAGGAGGAUAUACUGAGAAAAAUAAGGGAGGAGGAAAUGAGGGGUGAAGAAAGAAUAAAGAGAGAGGCUGAAGAAAAAAUGAAGAGGGAGGAAAACAGAGUGAAGGAGGAAGAAAGGAGGAGGUUUGAGGAGGAGGAAGGAAGAAUGAAGAGAGAGGAUGAUAGGCUGAAGGAGGAGGAAGAAGAAAAGAAGAGGAGGAUUGAGGCGGAUGAAAUAAUGAAGAGAGAGGCUGAAGAAAACAUGAAGAGAGAAGAGGACAGAGUGAGGAGGAGGAGGGAGGAGGAAGAAAGGAGGUUUGAGGAGGAAGAAGGAAGAAUGAAGAGAGAGGCUGAAGAAGAAAGAAUGAAGAGAGAGGAGGAUAGGCUGAGGAAGGAGGAGGAGGAAAGGAGGAUUGAGGAGGAAGAAAGAGUGAGGAAGACCGCAGAGGAAGAUUGGCUGAGAGAGGAAAUGGGGAUAAAGAGGAUGGAGGAGGACAAAAUAUUUAAGAUAGAAGAGGAGGAUAGGCUGAGAAAGGAGGAAGAGCUGAGGAAGAUUAGGGAAAAGGAAGAAAGGCUAAGGAGGGAGGAGGAGGAGGAUGAUAUGUGGAGAAAUGAAGAAGAGCAGAGGAAGAUGAAGAAUGAGGAGGAAAGGAGAAUAGAGCAGGAGAUGUUGAGAAAGGAAGAAGCAGAAAGAACGAGGCUUGAAGAAGAAAGGGAAGAGGAUAGAAGAAGAGAUGAGGAGCAGGGAAAACCGAUGGAGGCGAAAGAGAGGUUUAGGGUGGAUGAAGAAAAUAUGAAAAAAGAGGAUUUGAGAGGACCGGAAGAAGAGAUGACAGAGAAGGAGAAAAAGAGGAAUGCACAGAUGGAGAAAAAGCAAAGGCAUGAGGAGGUGAGGGUAAAGUUGGACAAAGUUGAACAACCGAUGAAGCAGAAUAGAGAGGCAGAGGCCACCGUGUGCAAUAAUCCUUUUGAGGAAGUCUCUCCUACCACUUCAUGUGAUGACAACUCUUCAAAUAUCCUGUUUGAGGAGACCCCCACAACCUCUCCUACUGGUCCCAUCAGCUGCCGAACAAAUAAAGUAUCAGCAGUCAAGCAGAGACCCUCUUCAUGUGUGAACCCUUCUCAGCCUAGUGUAUCUUCCAACCCCUUCUUAUCAUUCUUGUCUCCUGAAAUUGAGAGUUCUAUGGACUCCCCUAGAGUCGAUGGGGAAAUCAGAGGCACCCAGGACCCGUCUACUGAUCUAAUGGAGAAGAAAGACCCUGCCCCCCUCAACCAGCGCUGGGCUCGUAUGGACAACUGGCCUAGCAAGGGCAACGCUCAAUCUGUCACAGUGAAUCUCGCCCGAACAAAGACAACAAAACAGCCACCUCCUCCAAUACGCCAAUCUUCCACGUCACUGGUGGGAUGCGGGGAUAACCAGGAGAGUGUUAGUGGUCAGGACCAUUCCAGUAUCAGGAUGGACAAGGGUCCUGCUCCAGAUAGACCAAGCCAGGCUCCAAGCCAGACACAGAGGGAACAGAGUAUGACUAGAGUGAACCUGGGACAUAAGGACAUAGGUGCCUCCAUGUCCAAGGUCUCUCAACGUGUAGUACAGAUGAUCACACCACUGAGAUUUUCCUCCACAGCUACAACAGAACACACAAGUGGAGGCCAGAGCUCUACCCACCAUGGGAACCAACCAGAACAAGAAAUGCCAUCUGCCACUGGGGGGUUGAGGGUGGCUAAACACAAUAAAGGUCCAGCACCUUCUAGGCCCCAGUACCCUCCAUGGAAGACAAUGCCAAAAGUUGAUGUAAUAGAUAAGCAAUUGAAUACUGAGGAACAUGACUCUUUGGUUGAGUUUGAUCCAAAUAAUCCCUUUGCAGAAGACUGCAGAAUGGAGAAGUCCUCUGGACAUGGUGAAGAACAGAGACUAACUGGUGAAUAUCAGGAGAGCCUAGACUCUCCCAAUCAUCAGAGUUGUACCUCCAUAGAAGCAAAUCCAGGUUCAAUGCAGAAUAGUGUGGUUAGGGACUCAAUGGGGCUUCCAACGACAGAUGUUCUGCUAGCUGAGGAUGGCUCCCGUCCCAUCAAAAACUCAUUAGCAGAGCUGGUCUGUGUUCCCUUGCUUCCAUUGAAGAAAACAUCCAUCUCUAGAGAGGAGGAUACUGGUAAACAUAGUUCUGUAAAACUACAAAGCCCAGGGGCUUCCUCUUUGAGUAAGCUUUCCUCAAGUAUCUCAGAAAAACUGCAGAAUCGAGGUGUGGGUAUGGCACUAACUUGUGUUACCAUUGCCCAGCCCCCAUGUGUACCCUCACCUGCCCCCUCCAUCCUACCCCAACCCAAGCCCCUGAAGGGAUCAGGGGGCAGGAGUAACUGUCCUCCCCAGACAAGCUCUCUCCCUGGCCAGAGGACCCUGCUUCAGGCUGGAGCUAUGUCCUCCGUUGCAGAGCAUUGCAGUGGAGAGGAGGCGGGAGGGAGAGGGGACAGGCCUACCUCAAGCACACGCAGGCCCCAUCCAGUAAAGCCCUUGAGCUCCCUGGAAAACCAGCCAGCCUCCAACAUCCAGGAGAGGCAGGCUGGCAUAUCUACAGGAAUCCUCGGUGUCCUUCAAGAGAAGAUAAAGGUCAAAGACACAGGGGUCAAAGUUCAGUACUCCCAGCUGACCCAGGAGGAGCUGAUCUCCCUGGUGGUGAAGCAGCAGGACCAGCUCUCCAAGAGGGACAACAAGAUCAAGGAGCUGGAGCAGUACAUUGACAACCUGCUGGUGCGCAUCAUUGAGGAGCAACCCAGUAUCCUGAUGUCCAUGAACUCACUCAAAUGAGACGUCUAGAAAUAUAUUAUAAUAUAUAUUUCUCCGUCCUGUUCCUAAUCAUUCAGAGCAAGGCUUCCUAGAUGUUUAUCUCCCUCAAUGCCUAUAUGUUAGGCUGUUUGAAGAAUUCCUGCUUGCCUCCCAAAGAACGUUUCAUUCACCGAUGUAUAACAUACCAAGCACUGGCUUUGUCUAUUCCUACUGAACAGAUGCACUUUUGAUUGUUCAUUAACAUUUUGAAUGUUGUCUAGUGUGCAAGGCUCUAUGGUGUGUAUAUUAAGACCGUAUAAGAACAUGAACCAAAUCCACACAGGCCUGUUGGGAGGUUCUGUACAUUUUUGGCAGUUGAUUUGUCUUUCUAUUAACGGUUUGAUGUGCUUGUAAGGAGGAGUGUGAUAUGAAGGCAACAACACUGAAGAAGGAAUUGAAUAGUAAAAAAUGAAUAAAAAAAGAAAGCAACAGAACAGAGACACAUUGAGUUUGUAUAUUCCGUAACACUAUGCAGACAGACAGGUAUAAUAGGGGUCAUACCGGUACAUGCUUAUGACAAGUAUUAUCAUUAAUUACAAUCCCAUUAUAAUGAGCUAUAUCUGUCGGUAAAGGGUUACUUCGUAUUAUUGGUUGUCUGUGAACUAACAAAAAUUAUGUGGAUAUUAUUCCGUUACUGAAUAACUUAUACGUGUUGUACAUAUUGAAAUGUCAUUUUCUUAUAUUAACUUUAUGUUAAAGCACUUUGAAGAAUAAAUAAUAGAAAAAAUUGUAGUCUAAAGAAACAUGGAUUAAUAAUUAAAACAAUUUAGACUACCGAUAAACCAAUUUAGACUACAGACAAACCAGGUUUAGACGAUCACUAUGCCUUUGGAUGAAUGCACUCUCAAUUCAUUGCAAUCACCCUGACAGGUGCAACUCCACAAGCAAAUUGCAUGGGUGUAACAUAUGGACAUUUUCUAAAGGGGCAUUUCCUUGUGAAGAAAGCUAUUGUUAUUAUAGGUAGAUAGCAAGAUGUGUCUGCCUUUGGUCAUAGGAAGGAUUACUGUAUAGUUGGGUGAAAGUCAGUGUCUUCUGUCAACUUAUUGCCUAUAAUUUUUUACAAUUAUGAAAUAAAUACUUAUUUUCUAUAACA